AUAACAAUGGAGGAUUGGUUAAAAAUAUCUUUAUCGUUGUCCGUAUUUGGAUUUUUAAAAGAAUUCCGUCCAUCUGAACCAUUUAUUUUUGAAUUCUUUACGGGACCAUGGAAGAAUUUAACAACAGAACAAAUCAAUCAACUUGUAUUUCCAAUCGGUACUUACAGUUAUUUAGCUUUCUUAAUUAUUAUCUUUUUAAUUACCGAUUUUUGUCGAUAUAAACCGUUAAUUGUAUUAUUGGGCGUUUGUGGCAUUAUUGUAUGGUCCUUGUUUUUAUGGACAUCAACUUUAAUUGGUUUACAAAUAGCUGAGGUGUUUUAUGGCUUAGCCAAUGCCUCUGAAGUGGCUUAUUAUACUUAUAUGUAUGCUAAAGUGAAUAAAGAGCAUUAUCAACAAGUGACGUCACAUGCCAGAGCUAGUACACUAAUUGGUAGAUUUUUGGCUGCUGUGAUAUCACAACUUGGAAUCUCACUUGGAUUUAUGGAUUACAGGGAUCUUAAUUAUCUUUCAUUAACAGCUUUAACUUUAUCUGCAAUUUGGGGCUUAACGUUACCAUCUGUACCAAAAAGUAUCUACUUCAAUCAAGUAUCUGAAAACAAUCAAGAACGGACCACAUGUUUCCAAGCAUUCACGCUACUAUGGCAACAUUUUACAACAUCAUACUCGUCAUAUCACGUCCUAAAAUGGUCAUUUUGGUGGGCAUUGGCUACUUGUGGCUACACACAAGUAUGUGCGUACAUGCAAGUAUUUUGGGGUGACAUUGUUGGCGAAAACGAUCAUCAAAUUUACAAUGGUGGUGUGGAAGCGUUGUUAACCAUUUUAAGUGCGACGGCAGCUCUUGUUGCUGGGAUAUUGACAGUGAAUUGGACUAAAUAUGGCGAACUAACAUUAGGGUUGUGUACCAUGCUAGCGGGUUCAAUUUUAUUAUGCGCCACUAUUUACAAGGAGAUUUUCGUAAGUUAUGUGGCGUAUGUUGUUUUUGGUACACUUUAUCAGUUCUUGAUCACUGUGGCCACAUCCGAAGUGGCCAAAAAACUAAUGGAUGACAGUUAUGGCCUGGUGUUUGGUAUUAAUACGUUCUUUGCGUUAAGUUUACAAUCGAUUCUCACGUUUACGGUUAUAUCGGAAACCGGUUUUCAGUUGCAUAUUUAUAAUCAGUAUUUGGUGUACAGUGGAUUGCAUAUAUUUUUGGGAGCAUUUUUUGUCAUUAUCGGUUUGUUUAGUUUGUUUGGGCAUAAAAAACAAAAAUUGGAGGUUAAUUUACAAUAGGAUUGAUUUUGACAAAAAUUCAAUGUGAGCGAUUUGUUUCACAAUCAAAAAUUAUCAAUACCUUAACGGUGAAAAUUAUUUUCUGAGUCAAUUUAUACGUAAAAUA